GAACUCAUAAACAAGCGGAACACUGAACUAAAAUUAUCCUUUAUUCAACAAAUCACCAAGGACUUAAAAAAAGGGAGUUUUCAAGAAAAAGAAAUAAUUAAGAAAUUAGAACAAUUAAAAGCACAGAUUAUUCAACUUAAAUCCGGUAGUAGUGCAGAGUCCCUUUUAGAUUGA